GAGUGGGGUCAGUGAUAUUUAAGGUCCCCUCCAAUGCAACCAUUCUGUAUUUCUUUGACUCUAUAGGACAUAAAAAUGGAAGAUAAAUGCUGGCUGUCUUGAUGCUAGUUUUUUCUUUGCUAGAUGCAUGCUGGGUACAGAGCCUGCAUCCUACUGGAUCCUCUGCAUUCUCACAGCAAAGAAGAAUCUGUCUAUGAUUCUUACAAAAAAUAACUUGAAACAGCUUGUGAACAUCUCUUAUUAGUUAUAACAUGGCAGGGUUACUGCUGACUUGAGGGUUGCAUGCACUGCCCAGGGAGCUACCACACACGCAUGGUCGGUGUUUGACAACCAGCUGGUGUUUCCCACUGCUGAGGCUGGCUGUGUGCUGGCAGCAUGGGGCAGGGUGUGGGUCCCACCUAAGGGUUUGUGAACGCACUUAUUGACUGUCAUGGGGAUAACGGGAAAUCAGCAUCUGCGUGUUUGCUGUGGUCUUCCUUGCAACCUCUGAGCAGCCACAGCAGCUGUUCCAUUUUCUCAUAACUAGGCUCUUGCAUACAAUUAGAUCACCUAUGUUUUUGUUUCCCGUAUGUUCAAGCAAUUGAUCCCAUUACCUCAUAGCCCUGUACUUAAUUUCCUUGCUUUUAUUACAGAUUCAAUCAAAAGAAAUGGGAUCUUACUUUGCUGCUUUCAAUUCUCAGCUGUACUGGCUCUUUGUGCUGCUGGAUUCUGUCGUGCCUUGAAAGGGCCCUACAGAGCUCAGUGCCCCUUCUGCUGAUCCCAGUGCUCGUUGGGAGCAGGGAGUAGUUUGCAUGUGCUUAAUGAACAAGAGAGAGAAAAUUGUCUUGCUCUCUGGAAAAGGGCUGUGCUAAGCAUUGCGAUGCCAUGGAGCUGUCAGAAAUGGCGUUUGAAUGCUGCUCUCUUGUGAAUGUGAACAGCUCUCUAGGGAGCUGUUGGUACCAGCACGCAUCUCAGCGUGUACCUCAUGUUUCUAGUGAAGAGUUGACUGUAGAGGGAAGUGGAAAGCAUCACCCUUGGCUGGGAAAGCUGAACUGUUAAAAAAAACAUGUAAUAAAGAAACAACACUGAGAUGUCGGCACUCACCGCAGUGUUGUGUAACCCAAGGAUGCUGUGAGCCGCUGCUGUCUCCACGGGCUGUUCUGGAGCAGGGGGGGAGCAAAUGAGGAAAGUGCAGUGGGAUCCACCAUGCUCAUGCCUUAACAUAUGGGGGGGAGGCAGCUGGGAGCAUUAUGGAGCUGUGUAGGAUCCUCAGUUAUGUCUCUGCCAUUCUGCUCUCACAUAAACCAAGGGGAUGCUUCUGCUGUCUGUCGGUUAUUGUCGCUCCUUUCUGAGCCUCUCUGAAGCUGAAUUUAAACUUGCAAUAUGCAUUCUGAGGCUGUCUGCAUCUCCCCAUUUGUUAGCCUGGUGCUAUCUGCGAGCUUGAGUUCCUGGGCCCUCACACUUUCCCUGCUGCAAAAAAAACCCAGAAGCCUUCUCUUGGGUGGUUACUCUUUCUGAAGUACCCAUUAGUGAGCAUGGACAAGGUGCAUCCGUUUUGCCGUAUGUGGCUGGUGCUUACCAGUAUUGGUCUGGCUCUGGUUGCUAGGCUUAGCCUGGGACAACAAAAGCUUGUCACCUCUGGAGUUAAUGCUUCAAACACAACCCUACCUUUGAAUGCUGUCUUUUUGUUCGUUUUCUUAACUAGAUCUUCAGUUGCUCUUGGGUGUAAUUUCUGCGGCCCUGUGGGCUUUCAAGAGUUGCUUUUUAGCAUUUCUACUAGUCAUUAUUGUAACAGGAAAUAUCAUCUUCAAAUACAUAUUUUACUAUGUCCAGAGCCUAAUAAGUCUUCCUCCUACGCAGCAUUUUUUUAAUUGUUUUUUAAAUCCUUGAAUGUAUUGAUGCAAACUUGUACCUGUAUGUAUUUUUUAGCUGCUGGCUAAAUCUAAUUGCUGUCAGCACAAACCUCAGCCUGAUGAUGUGUGCAAUUAACAAGAGCUCCCACCUUUCCUUCGGGGGUAGCGAGAGAUGGAGGGAUCCUUCUGAGCAAGUUCUCUUCUUCUGCCUGUGUAACCAUGUCUUGUCUUUUGCUGUUCUUUGCUGACAAACUUGGUGAAAGGGGGGCUUAGGAGGCAGAGAGAGAAAUCCAAUGCCCUUUUUGCCCUUCUUCUAUCCUUUUAUCCUGCUCAACUGUUCCUGACUCCUAUGUUGGGUGAGAUCAACUUUGCCUAAAUUUUGGUUCCUUGCUUUCUAUCAAAAGAGCUUGCUUUCACAUGGGUGUCUAUCUGCAGCAAACAGUCCUGCCAUCACUUCAAAAUCCUUGUUAACCCUGUCUAUGGUUUGAGGAGUAGGAAGCCAGCAGAAAGCAGAGCCUGCAGGUGUCACAAUGUGCCACGUGGAUGUGCUCCCACUUGGCACUGCUUUCAAGGUGAGCUCUGAAGGUGGCCACAGGUGAAAUGGAGAGUGUGACAGCAGGCAGCAAUGGCAGAGAGUGCCGGGAAGGGAGAAGUCUCUGAAAGUGUGCUCAGCACUGAAAUGGAUUCUUUGAUGGUAAAAUAACCCUGGUCUUCAGUUUGCCACAACAUGUGGUGUUAGAGGGCUCUUGAUCUGAAUAGAGAAGAUGCAGCAGGCACAGCUGAAACAGGGCUUUCAUCAGCUUACCCACAAAUUACAAAAAUAUAUGUGCAUUUUUGUGAAAAUAGGAAGCAGUGGGUCAGUGACAAACACAUCUGUGAUAUUUAAGGGAUCUUGCUCAUGUGCCUACAAUCCCACCAAGAUGAGCUGUCUGCAUUGAAUUUAAUCAGUGUCAGAAAAAGGGUGUAGGGGUCAGCCUGGAGGGGGAAGACACCUCAAACACCUGACCAUCCACCUGGGGGAAAGGUAGAGUGCCUGAUUUGAAGAGAGAGUUCAGGAGGGAGGAAGCUCUCAACUUUGCCCCUUGUAUUUUUGAAGCAGUUGAAGGGCCUCAGAGGACAUUAAAAAAUGGGGACUCCCUGGCACCUGUGUCUGUUUUGCAGCGAGUCACAGGCACGGUGUCCUCAGCGCUCUGAGGAGUAUUGAGUAGGCUUGAACUGAUGGAGGUGAAUUUCAAUUGCUUUUAUUUUUUGCAUCAAAGAGUAGAAGUACGAGACCCUAGAGGUUGCUGAAAUGGUUUGUGCUGUGGAUUCCCUUUUCAGCAAGGGGCUGCGGUGAACAUUCUCAAAAAGCAGCGGGGUGGCUGGUAAUGCACAUCUGACUGAUUGGUGUGGUUGGAGGUACAGCUCAGCCCUUGCUUUGGAGAAACCAAUGUGCACGCAUUGUUAGAGCAUGCUAACCUUGAACUCCAGAUUUUGAUGUUCAAGAUCAAAACCUUUGUGUUGGGGCUGCUUUCUUCAGCCACAUAAGAGACAAAAAUUCCGUUUGUUCUUGCACUAAACAUUUCAUUUUUUGAACACUGUCCUCCUACAAAUGCACUCACUUCAUUAUGUCUGUGAAAUGGAAGAGCAAAUAGCUAGUCUUUUGUGUAAAUUUAUGGUAAAUUUAUGGGAAAGCUCCUUGCCACUACUUAGAAAUCUGCAGCCAAUGAAGACUUAAUUAAAUUGAGAAAUGGAGAUGCUCUCUCUCCUCAUGAUUUGGCAGUGAGCCUUUAAAAGUGCUGGUCCCUGCAGUGUGCCUGAACUCUGAAUCCUUCCUUGAAAGACAAGGAAGUUCUACCAAGAUGAGUAGUGCAGUGUCUGAUCAGUCACCCAGCCAGGUGAGGUCCUGCUGCAGCACUCACCAUUGUUCAGAGAAGACUGAAAAGCAACCAGAACUGCCCUCUCUAUUAUUGCUUCAAGUUGGAAGAGGACAGCAGACAGCAGUAAGUAAUCUGUCCUUUGCAAAACGAAGCAGUUCUUGAGUGCCUGCUACUGUACUUGAUAUAAGAUCUUCAUACUUCUGCUAAGGCGAAAACUCAGCUCUGCCUCUCACCUCUCGUGCAGGAUGCCAGAAGCAGAAGAGUAUGUUAUUCCCCCUGCUUGUGGUGCAGGACACCGCAGUGGAAAAGCAGCUGCCUCUGCCUGAGUGGGCUGCUGGAAAGGGUGGCUGGCUGAUUACUCAGCCCCUGCCUGACAGCACCGUGCUGCUCUGUACACCUCCUUCCUGGGGCUGGUGCUGUGUGAUGCAGCCUGCCACCAGCUCUGUCCUGCUGCAUGUGCGUGCUGCUGCAGUGUGGGAGGAGCAGGCGGGUGCCCUGAACUUGCAGCCGAGGGCGGAAGCUUUUUGGGGUUUGCUGUUGCUGCUUGAGGCUUUCAUAGAGUUGCAGCAUCUGAGCUGGGCGAUCGCUGCUGGAGUGAUGAUGCAGGCACACAGAAGCAGAGCUGGGUCUUCCCCCAGGGCUCAGUCUGGGCCAGCCUCGGCAGUUUUUGGCUGCCACAUGGAAGAUCACACAAAGCGCGUCCAGCCCAUCCCACUCCCAGCCGUGCAGCAGAACUUGAACUAUAUGUAUCCCCAGAUCUUUUGGGUGGAUGGCUGUGCCGACGCCAGUACCUCCUGCCAUCCGGCAUCCCCUGUUGCUCCCUUCCCACCACCAGUACCUGAUCGGAGGAAAAAGCCAAAGAGCAACAGAGAAAGGAGCAGCGUCAGCUUCCUGGUGAUCUUCUUGCUGAUCCUGCUGGCCCUCACUGGAGUGGGGCUGAGCAUGUUUCAGAUUUUCCACCUGGAGAAGGAACUGGCUGAACUCAGAGAGUCUGUCAGCACUGAACACAUCCCUCCAGCCCUGGAGAAGCUCAUAGGGCAGGGGAGCAAGCCAGUGAAAAAGGAAGCAAGGAAGGCAGCACACUUAACAGGGAACCCCACACAACGGAACCUCCCAUUGGAGUGGGAACCCAUCUCUGGUCAUGCCUUCACCAGUGGCAUUCAGUACCGUGCCCAGGGCCUUGUGAUCAAUGAGACUGGUCUGUACUUUGUGUACUCCAAUGUGCUCUUCCGGGGAAGGCACUGUGACAACGAGGUGCUGACCCACGUUGUCUACAAGAGAAACCCAGCUUCACCAGGCAGCCAUGUGCUGAUGGAGGACAAGCGCAUCAACUAUUGUACAAAGGAGAAAAUGUGGGCCCGGAAAAGCUACCUGGGGGCUUUAUUUAAGCUCAGGGAGAGGGACAGUCUGUAUGUCAACGUUUCCAAAAUUGAUCUGGUUAAUUUUGAGGAAUCCAAGACAUUCUUUGGGUUAUUUAAGCUUUAAGUGGUGCUGUUGGAAUGUGGCUGGCAGCAGCCCACACACCGGGACAUGCAGGGUAUGACGGCCACUUGAAAGGCAACAGUGCCAAAACCAAAGCAGGGUCUCACUCUAGGAAACCCAUCAAGAAACCACGUUUCAGCCUUCUGCAUGAGAAGGCUCAAGCAACAGGUAAAGACUUGAAACCAGACCUCUAGGAAGCACCUGGGCUGUCCUGUGGCUAUCUGAAGAGAAUCAUGCGUUUUCUUCCUCUGAAUAAAAGCACCACCCUGAAAUGUAGUGCAUCAAAGACCCUGUUGAAACUCACUACUUGCUCAAGAAGACUCUGCUGCCUGAGAAAGCGUCAGGGCCUCAGCAGCACUGGCCCACACAUGCUGUUGUGCCCCCAGUGAGCUCAAGCCAUUUGGGGACAGCUGGCCUGUGUCCAGGAGGCCCCUCAGUCUGAAUUGUGCUGUGCCACACCAUGGGUGGUGAUGUGGGAGUGAGCUCAGGCUGCUUUCCCUGAGCAAUGGUCUGCCCAUCCCACCUGGACACUUGGCACUGUAAAUUGUCUGACAGGCACCCACCUACCAGCUGGCUUGUUAAGCAUGGUAGGUUUGUUUUGUGUUAAAUUAUUGACUGUUCGCUUCCCAAAAAAUAUCCCCACCCCUUUAUUUAACUCACCUUGCAAGGAAUGUGCUGGAAGUGGCGAUGCUGUUGAGGGGUCCUGGCCCUCUGAAGAAAACAAGAUUUUGCUGAAUCCUCCCCAUGCUAUGGUGGUGGGUACAGCAUAAGGGGCCAGGUACCAUUCUCACUGAUAGGACCUGAGCAAACCAGCCCUAGCUGAGCAUGGGAUGCUCUCUCCUGGUAAAUAAAGAUAUAUUUUUCUAGAAAA